CGUGUGUGUGGGUACAUAAUUAUGUGUAUACCGUAUACUAAUUUACCGGGAACUCUUUUGAGAAAUUUUUGUUGUUCUAAUACAACGGACACUCCAGUGCUUUAUUAUUACAUAAAUAUCCGGACAAUACCUUGAAAAGUUGAGUUACAUUCAUAGACGGCAAGUAAGACUUAGAGUGCUACAGUUAGAUAGCUUUGAGUAGCUAGUUUUAGAUAGCUAGUGCAACUAUUCAGUCGUACACUGUUCUAUUAAACUUAGCUAGCUCACAUGCAGCUGCUUGCUUGUUCUAAUUAUUCCAGACACUUCGCAUGCUCUAUAAAAAUCUGUUCCAAUAGGGCGUAUGCAUUACUACGAUUCGUAUUAUUAGAACUUCCGGUCGAGGGGACUAGAGUAGGAAAUGAAUAGAGCUAAGUUAUUAAUGAAUUCAUAGAUGAGUGGUAAGACUUCAUACUCUAUCUGAUGAAUUCUGUACAAAGUUGUAGUAACUUUAUACCAGAAAAAGGCACUCUAGCCCAGUUGAAGUCCUGGCUUAUUGAGAGAGGAGCUCCUACGAAAGGAAAUAAAAGUGAUCUAGUCAGUCGAGUAAACGCUUGUAUAAAGUAUGGAUGGACAAAUGCUUCUACUAAAGAACCAGAAGUUACUGAUCCUCCUGCACAGAAAUGCAUUUAUCCCGAUAGAGGCUGGAUUCCUAUUCUUCCUUUCUUCUCUCGAGAUAAGGAUAUAGAUGAUCCAACGGAUCCACGGUUCACUAUGAGCACAAUUAUGUCGUAUUUUGUGACACGUUGUCUAAAGGACUCUCUACCAGCUGGAGACUUUAAAUCGAUCAGUAAGUCAGCGGAGAAUUUAUUUAGAUGUGGACACGUUCAAGACAUUGAAGUAGCUACUAUAACUGACAAAGUGUAUAUAAAAUCUAAGUGUUUACCUGAGAUGAGGAAGGAUCGACUGUAUUGUAUGUGCUUAAAUAGGAACAACUAUGACAUUUUGAGUGCUGAGUGUGGUUGUCCUGCUGGUUGUGGACCUUGUGGAAGCUGUAAGCAUAUUGGGGCACUCUCGUAUGCACUGGCUGAUUUUUUCAGAAUUAAAGAUGCACCUGAAAGUCUUACCUGUACAGACCAACUACAGCAGUGGAACCGUCCUCGUGGCCGAAAAGUGCAUCCAAUUCCUGUCGAAAAGUUAGGUGAUCGUCGGCGUGAGCUGUUACCUUCAAAGAUUCGUGGAAAGGGUUCACAAAUGGUUUAUGAUCCACGACCACAACACACUCGUAAAGUUGAUAAGUUGGCACUGGAAGCUCUUCGUUGUGAGUUGCUAUGCAUCAACAAACCAUGUGCUCUUCUAAAUUUACUUGUUCCAUCGUUUGACAAAAUUGCUAAUGACCACACGUACUGUUUGAAGCCUGGUUCUGUGAGAUUGUGUGAUGAUAGUGUCAAAUUUUGUGAUUCUGCUGAUGUUCUAAAAGUGUUUGUCACUGAGAGAGUAACCGCAGAAGACAUUUUAGACAAGCUCUCUGUUAGUAAGAAACAGCAGGAAGAUUUGGAAAUGAAAACUAGAGAUCAAAGUUCGAGCACUUUAUGGAUUGCCGAAAGACAGAGCCGAAUAACCGGGUCUAAAUGUGGACGCAUCCUUCAACAAGUAAAAAAGACACCAGCACUUCUUCAGUGUACGAUUUACUACAAGCCCUUCGUGCACAUUCCGAAAGCGAUUCGGUGGGGAACAGAUCACGAGGAAAACGCUCGCAUUGAGUAUGAGAAAUACAUGCGAAGUAAUGACCAUGUAGGCUUACACACAAAGAAAGCAGGGUUUGUUGUUGAUAGUGACAAAUGUUGGCUAGGUGCGUCCCCUGAUGCUUGGGUUUUUGAUCUGUCAAUUGAUUGUACUCCUACUGGUAUUGCGGAAUUCAAAUGUCCCUACAGUAUGGCAGAUAAAACGAUUGAGGAAAUGUGUAAAGAGAAGAGGUUUUACUUACAACUUGUGAAUGGUAUACCAUCUCUUAAAAGGAAUCACUCGUACUACCACCAAGUCCAGCUACAGCUCUAUGUUACACGAUAUACUGCCCAGUGGUGUGACUUUUGUGUUUAUACCUCAAAAGGUGUUGUUGUUGAACGGAUAUCACCUGAUGAGCAUUGGCAAGAGGAAUUUAUUCCAAAGUUAGACACAUACUUUUUUGAUCAUAUUCUACCAGAAUUAAUUGACCCACAACAUAAACCUAGUUAUUAUUUAUGAUCAAUGCUGUUGUGACUAUAAUUAGUUGCAUGAAGUACAUCUAAUUUUGUUUCUGUUUCUUAUUCUACUUUCCAUCAAUGUUUAAUACCGUGCAUGUUUUAAACAAUGUAAUGAAAUGAUCAAAUCA